GCCGCGGCCCCUCGGGUCCGCCCCCGCCCGAGUCCGACGUGGAAGUUGCCGUCUGACCCGGCUGGCGAGGAAUCCGCGCAGCAGCCGCAGCCGGGGCCACGGCGAGCGGAGGUGGCGGCGCCGCGGCUCUGACGGGGAUUGCUGCUGAGGUCGGGGCCUGUCUCUGAGGACCCGCGAGGGCGGAAGGCGGUUCAUCAUGGGUGGCUUUUUCUCAAGUAUUUUUUCCAGUCUGUUUGGAACUCGGGAAAUGAGGAUUUUAAUUUUGGGAUUAGAUGGAGCAGGAAAAACCACAAUUUUGUACAGAUUACAGGUUGGAGAAGUCGUUACUACUAUUCCUACCAUCGGAUUUAAUGUAGAAACGGUGACAUACAAGAAUCUUAAAUUCCAAGUAUGGGACUUAGGAGGACAGACAAGUAUCAGGCCAUACUGGAGAUGUUAUUAUUCAAAUACAGAUGCAGUUAUUUAUGUAGUUGACAGUUGUGACCGAGACCGAAUUGGCAUUUCCAAAUCAGAGUUAGUUGCCAUGCUGGAGGAAGAAGAGCUGAGAAAAGCCAUUUUAGUGGUGUUUGCAAAUAAGCAGGACAUGCAGCAGGCCAUGACCCCCUCAGAGAUGGCCAAUUCCCUUGGGCUACCUGCUUUGAAGGACCGAAAAUGGCAGAUCUUCAAAACAUCAGCAACCAAAGGGACCGGCCUUGAUGAGGCGAUGGAAUGGUUGGUUGAAACAUUAAAAAGCAGACAGUAACUCAGUCCCUUCAGCUCCUCUGAAAUAAGGGCACAUCACCUACUGCUUUGGAAACAGUCAAGUGUUCUUUACUAAAUGUUAAAAUUAUAAGAUUGUUGGCAUCUACUGAACUGGCUGCAGCUGUGGCCAUGUUUGUCAUCAAUAUGAAAAAUCCAUAUUUGGUUGGAGGGGUAACUCAGUUAUAUCACCUAAACGUGCUGUGUAACGUAAAAUACUCCUUCCUUGCUUUCUUGUGUUAAGGUAUAUAUUCUGUUUGUAUGGAAUUCUUAUUCAAAUAUAGUCCUAUUAAAGAAUGUACUCUUGUUGGGGGAAAAGACCCUCUUAUUUUUGAAUUAGUAGUUGCAGCUUGUUUGUAUAAACACUAACUUAACUCAGAUUCUUAAAAUGAAUUAAGUCUUUCCAAAGAUUAAACUCAAUAAGGCAGGCUAGGAACCUAGUAUGUGUAAGACAGCCUUCAUUUGCUUAACUGACCACUUCUUAUUAAGCUGUUUCAUGCAAAAGCUUUUGGUUAUAGGCAUGACUAUGAUUUUGGUGGUUGAACUUCACUGACUUACCUGUAAUUGUCCCUUUUUAGUACUUUAUAGUUGUAUCUACUUUUACACACAUUGACCUAUGUGUGUUGAUGUAUAGAGGCACCCUGUAAGGUAGGUAUGACAGGUUAUAAUGUCUUCAUUUUAUGCACAUGGACCCAGGGUUCUGGUAGGUUGGCUUGCCCAGGGUCACCUGUAGGGAGGUGGGAAUAGGGCUCAAAAGUAAGACUUCUGGGUCAGCUUGACUGAGAAUUAUUGCUGAAAAUACCAAUAUUGACAACACAAAAACCUAACUCUCAAAUAAAAUUAUGCUGAUAAAUGUAGUCGCAAUCCAUUCAAAAUAAUGUCGAUAAACUUAUUUGUCUAUACUUAUAGAGAUGAUCCCUGACAGUGAAAGCAACCCUAAAUAGUUAUAUUUGAUAGAAUUCACAACAUAGUCAAGAGAAAAAUUGCUAUUAAAGGAAAUAAAAGAUAUAUUUUAAGAAGAAUUAUAAAAGAUGCCUUUACUGUCUUUCUUAUAUCCUUGUAAUUGGACAUACAAACUUAAUGGGUUAAAAAUCAAAACCUUAUUGGUUCUAUAGGGAGAAACUAAGCAUUCUUUUUAAAAAUUAUGCUUCUAGGUAGUACGUUUUUUGAACACAAAAACAAUUUGUGUUCAAAGGAACUUUUCAAACUACCAGUUACCAUGGGAUCAGCCAUCGUGUGACAGAAUUAAAUAUAGUCCUUAGUAAUUACUAAAAUGAGGGGGAAUUGUUUUCACUUAAGUUGGGACAGCCAGCAUUUAAAAAAUGAGGUGCUGGUGAGAAGGAUGUAAUACCAUCAUUUCCCCGAGGUCUCAGGAACACCAGUGGUGCAUUUCCUGGCCCUCGCUGUGCUGGAGGUCAUCCUCUGGCCUCUUCCCCUCACGUUAUGCUUGUGGCCUUGGCUCAAGGGAAAGCAGCUUUCUCUUCACCCGUGGGAAUCUUCCUGUUCUUGCUCAUCCACAGCACUCAUCCCUGAUUCUCUAAUUUGGUCUUUUUUUGAGACUUUCAGCUACAAGUGUUCUAAUGCAACUAAUACUAUUUAUAAGGGUUAGAGACUGUCAUUUUUGUAUUUACGUCCCCAGUAUCCAGCAUGCUGCCUGACACACUGUGGCACUUCAGAAUAUGUCCAUAGUUGAAACAGGAUACAGGCAAUCCUGAAUCGCAAACAUUAAACUUAUGUACAGUUUGCAUACUUAUGAACGGAGGCUGUUAGAAUAAGUCCCUGAAUUAAAAACAUCCGACUGACAUACGACUUGGCCAUUAUGAAUGGGGCUAUUACAGAUAAUAGGUAAAUGUACCUGUUUCAACUUACAUACAAAUUCAACCUUACAAUAAACUUACAGAACCUGUUCUGUUUGUAACCUGGGGACUGCUUGUCUAUGUCAGCUAGAGAAAUAGUGCUUGCACAAUUUAUACUUGGGUUCCCUCCUGGUCAGUGCUUCCCUGCACUGUUGGGAAAUGCUAGAUGAAGGGCGCAGAAAACAAGUUCAUGUACACCUUGAGUGUAAUAAGUCUUGCACAGGUGGCUCCUGGCAGUUCUGGGGAAUUGUAAAGAAUAGAAGUAUGGGGAAGUAAGGUCCUGGCAGGCAGCCCUGGGUCCAUAUUCCUGGCCCUUGCUGUGCUAGAGGUCAGUCCUCUGUCCUCUUCCCCUCACAUUAUGCUCAUGGCUUUGGCUCAAGGGAAAGCAGCUUUCUCUUGCCAUUGUGAAUCCUGAGGGUGGGAAGCCGUCCCCAAGGUCAUCACUUGGAUAAUUCUGAUGCCUCUGUUUCAUCACAAAGAACAGGAUGAAAUAAAGCAGGUGUACACUUAGUAGGUAUAAGCUCUCGUCUGGCAGGAAACAAUUGCACAGGUAUGCUAGCAGGCUUUGAAUGUUGAUAUUUAGAAAAUAAAUCUGAAUAUUGUUUUGUGAAAAGCCUGAUAAUGGGAAAAGCACCAAACUUGACAUCAGAACAUGUGAGGUGCAAAUGGCCACACCUUCAGUUUCUUUAGUGUAAAUUGAGACCUGGAAAAACGAUACUAAAGGUUUCUUCCAGCUCUGACGUUCUGUCUAUAAUUGGUUGGUAGUUGUGCUGUCUUAUCACACUAAAAAAAGGAGAACUUGAGAGUGAUGGAAUUACUUGUUAUCCGAAUACCUGAGAUGCACUUUAAACUGCUGAAAUGUACGCUCUUUGAGGGUAGGGACCAUAUCUUAUUGACUGUUUUAUCCCUUGCAUCUAGUGUGGUACAUGUGAUACAUAGCGCUCAAUAAAGAUUUAUUGAAAACAAAGACGUGCUUAAUCCCUGACAUAUUUGUUCUUUCUGAUCUUUAGUAUUUUUUGAUUUUAAAAUUUUUGUGAAAGCAAUACAUUUACUGUAAGUCACUUAGAAUUAAGUAAAAUAAGCCUUCCAAGAUGCCUGUCCCAUGUUUAUCCUUUGGACACAUUAUAAAGUCUUAGAGUGAGAACUCUUGUUUGAGAUACAAACUACAUUAAAGCA